UACCGCACUCGAUCCGCGUCAUCACUGCUUCGAUGGUUGAACAAUCGAACGACCCUGAUCGCGUCCUAGUAAAUCGAUCUAUGGUGGAGCGCUGCCCAGCUCAUCGAUCCACUUCAUGUGGUUCGAGUGUCCCGUCCUCGAUACACCUGGAUCGAGUUUUUGACAAUCGAUCCACUACUGGUUCGAGUUUUGUAAACUCGAACUAUUCAAACUUUGGUAGUUUGGGAAUUUUUUUUAAAAGUUUGGUAUUCUGCGAAUUUUUUUUAAUUAUUACUGUAUUUUGGGAAUUAAUCCCUAGAUGCAGUGGCUUCGUAGAGAUUAUGUACUCAGCCGGCACCAUAGCAAGGAGAUAUGCUUAUCCGCCGACACUCCACCAGAGAUCAGUAGAAUACGACUUUGCUGAUUUCGUCAGAACACCGCCCAUAUCCGAACCCGAAUUUGAACCGGAACCGGAACCCGAUCUAAUGGAUGGCUUGACGAUGAAGAGGAGGGUACUGAUCUGCCUGAUGAGGAAGCUGCGUAAUCGGUUUGAUCGCGGUUUAGUUUGUGCAUCUUUGGUUUGUAUCAAACCAUAAAAACUGAUUCUCUCGCAUUUUAGAAGAUAAUGAUAAUGAUCUGUUUUCGUGGAUUCGUAUCUUUGUUGUACAUCUUUAACUGUGGUAGGGGCAUUAUGGACAGCAACCAAGGAUUCGCAGCAAUUUUCAUUGACCAGGGCAUGUGUGAUAGGAAGUUAGGAACGCUACAAGAAAGUUUUUUGAGCAACUUUGAAUUUUCAUUGACCAUUGCCACCAACCCAAAUAAAAAAGACACCACGUAUUCAAACUACGGAGAUUAAAUCAUUGAUUAGGAGUCCGAUUAAAUUCUAUACGAUCUAAAUAAUAUCACACUUGUUCUUACGGUCCAGAUCAUGCAUAUCAUGUUGAGUAAAAAAGGUUAAUCAUUUAUUUGGUUAGACAAAACAAAAAAUGAACUAAUAAUCGGCGAAAAUUGCACUUUUUUUAUAUCAUUGGAACCUAAAUUCCAACAUGCAUGCAUGCUUUUCUUAAUUAUUAGCCUUUCCACAUGUUUUCCUAAGAAAAAAAUUGCCAUCUCUUUGCAAGUUCUUUUGUAGCAUAAUUCAUAUUUUCAUGAUAAUUUAUCUUCUUUGAAAUCACUUGUUUAGUUUUGAUUACCCUAUCUUUGUAAGUUAAUUUAUUCAAAAGUUUAUCACGGUUCUAUUUAUCAAACUAUACAGCUAGAUUUAAUCUAAUUUUUUUUAAUUAUGACAAUAAUUUUCUAUCUGAAUUAUCAAAUUGAUAAGUAAAUGAGUAUCGGAAACAAAAUAACAGAAUUUAUUUGGAUCCCCCUAGUCCAGAAACCCGACUCUAUACGAUUUCCGCCACGAUUCGUCCCCACCAAAUGCCUCAUCUCCAUUACUAUGUCGUCACUGCUUCUCUCAUGUCCCAUUGAAAUUAUGGAUAGUGUCAAGCAAGUUGGGAUAAUAAGCACCGUCCCGUUUUCUACUCUGUACUGUUCUUCAGUACAUUCACUGAAUCUGCUCACCCUUUCCCCGUUCUCUAUAUAUAUCUCUCUGCAUCAACCACAUUUCAUUACCGAAUCAUCUGGAGACUCGUAAAAGCCAGCUAGCGUCUCAAAUCAAGCAACUCGACAAUGGCAGCCACAGCUCUGGAUAAAUCCGUGCCGGAGAUCUUGCCGCCGGCGCUCGAUGCUUCGUCGGAGCCACCUCCACUCUUCGAUGGCGUCACCAGGCUGUACACCUAUUACGGAUGCCCUUUUGCUCAGAGGGUUUGGAUCACUAGGAAUUUCAAGGGGUUACAAGACAAGAUCAAGCUAGUCGGCAUAGAUCUUAGUAACAGGCCUGCUUGGUACGCCGAGAAAGUUUAUCCCCCUAAUAAGGUGCCAGCUCUUGAGCACAAUGGCAAGAUCAUAGGAGAGAGCUUGGAUUUGAUCAAGUACUUAGAUAGCAACUUUGAAGGGCCUUCUCUUCUCCCUGAUGAUCCUGCGAAGAAGCAGUUGGCAGAAGAGUUGUUUGCAUACACCGAUACUUUUACUGGAACGGUGUUCUCUGCUUUCAAGGGAGAUGCAGUGAAGGAAGUUGGCCCUGCUUUUGAUCAUCUGGAAGCAGCUCUGUCGAAAUUCGACGAUGGACCUUUCUUCCUUGGUGAUAGGUUCAGUCAGGUGGACAUUGCCUACAUUCCAUUCGUCGAGAGGUUUCAGAUCUUCCUUUCGGAAGUGUUCAAGUAUGAUAUCACCGAAGGAAGGCCUAAACUUGCAGCUUGGAUCGAGGAGUUGAACAAACUGGAGGCUUACAAACAGACGAAACUGGAAGGUACAAAGGCACAGGUCGUGGAGCUCUACAGCAAACGGUUCUUGGGUAAGUAAAUUGGCAACAGCCACUGCAGUCUGCAAGUGGGUUCUUCUCGUGCUUUUGCAGGGAGAGGCUCUGGCUUGGUGGCUUGCUUCUGUAUGAUAUGUGAAAGUAUCUGUCUAAAUAAUGAAAAAUUACCCCCGGAGACAGAAAGUAGAAGAAGAAAGUAAUAGAAUAAGAAACAUCAACUGGUUUGUAGGAGCUGUGCCUGUGACCGUGAGGGUUGCGGACGUGUGGUUGGUUUGGCUGUGUUCUUGUAUUGUAUGGCGUACCUGUGUAAUGUAUUAGAAACAGAAUGGAUAAUUGUCAGUUAAAGAGGGAGUGUUGUUUUACGAAUGAAAAUUUCAAGUUUGAAUUUCUCAAGGAGGUAUUUUAUAAUGAAAAUAAUCUUAUGUU